AUGGGUCAUCGUGGAAGUUGGUUAAUGGAAAAAGGUAAGAUCAUAUUAUCCUCGUCUCGUGUUCUUGUAAGAACCGGUGCUCCUCUUAGGUUCAAUGGAGAGGACGAAAAUUCUCGACUAACGAGUUUAAAUAAAUUGCAUUUUGCAAGUCAAAGGGAGAAGCUAGCAUGGUGCUUAAGGUACAAGAUUGCCUUAGGCGUCGCCUCUGGCAUUACAUAUCUUCACAAGGGCUGUCAACGGAGAAUUAUCCACAGAGACGUCAAAUCUGACAAUAUUUGCCUACUGAAGAUUUUGAACCUAAGGUAUGACCCAAACAUUACUCUUAAGAUCACGGCUUUUGGGCUCACAAAGUGGAUUCCCGACCAGUGGACUCAACUCACCGUUAUGGAGUUAGAAGGAACGUUUACGCAAGCUUAA